CACACUUCACUCCAGCCCUCCAGCUUGACUCAGGCGGGGAAACCCAAGAGCCUCCUCAACUUUCCCAAGGACACUAACCGGCUCCUAUGCGCAGGUGUUUGUCCGCCUCCCGGGAGCAAUGCUGCUGCUAUCUCUGGUCGUGAUGCUGCUGCAGCUGGGCAGAAGCUGCUGCGGGCUCCCCUUCUACAACGGCUUCUACUACGACCAUGUCAUGAAUGACAAGGGCAACGGCAAUGGGAACGGUGAAGUUCAUUUCAAUGGUGUGAAGCUGGUGGUGGAAACCCCGGAAGACGCCAUCUUCACCUACCGUGGCGCCAACAUCACGCUGCCCUGCCACUACCACUACGAGCCCAAGCUGGAGAUGCCACGCAAGAUCCGCAUCAAGUGGUCCAAGCUGCGGGAGGACAACACCAAGGAGCGGGACGUGCUGGUGGCCAUCGGGCUGAAGCACCGCAGCUUCGGCGAGUUCCGGGGCCGCGUGCACCUGCGCCAGCGGGGCGAGCAGGAGGCGUCCCUGGUGAUCAGCGACCUGCGCCUGCAGGACUACGGCAAGUACCGCUGUGAGGUGAUCGACGGGCUGGAGGACGAGAGUGGCAUUGUGGAGCUGGAGCUGCGAGGGGUGGUUUUCCCAUACCAGCCUCAUCACGGCCGCUAUCGACUCAACUUCCAUGAAGCCAAGAAAGCUUGUGAGGAGCAGGACGCUGUGAUCGCAUCCUUCGAGCAGCUCUUCAAGUCCUGGGAGGAGGGGCUGGACUGGUGCAAUGCCGGCUGGCUGCUGGAUGGGACAGUGCAGUACCCAAUCUCCCUGCCCCGGGAGCCCUGUGGCGGCAAGAGGCUGGCCCCUGGCAUUCGAAGCUACGGCGAGCGCCACAAGAACCUGCACUACUUUGACGUUUUCUGCUUCUCCUCUGCUCUGAAAGGGAAAGUUUACUAUCUGGUUCACCCGGAGAAGCUGACGUUGGAAGAGGCCAAGCAGGCCUGCCAGGAUGACGGGGCUGAAAUUGCCAAGGUGGGGCAGCUGUAUGCGGCGUGGAAGUUCUUCAGCCUGGAUCGCUGCGAUGCUGGCUGGCUGGCUGAUGGCAGCAUCCGCUACCCCAUUGCCUUCCCCCGGCCCAACUGCGGCCCACCAGAGCCAGGGGUCCGGAGUUUCGGCUUUCCCGACAAGGGCAAGUUUGGGGUUUAUUGCUACAAGCUGAACUAAGAAACGGGGAGGGGCUCCCUCUUUGCCAGUGGACACUUCCCUGCCUGGUGCUGCCUGGAUUUAAAGGAUCAGGUUUCCGGGUGUUGGGAUAUUUUUUAAUUUCAAUUUUUUAAAAAAAUUUUACAUUUUUUUCACUAAAGGGAAACUUCUGCAAGUGGCUGGGCCCUGGCGUAUCGCUAAUCAGCCAAUUGCCACCUCUGCGUCUCUCUCCUGGCUGGGAAU